AUGGCUCCUACAUUUCUCAAAGAAUUGCGCCGCCGAUCCAGAGCAAGCUUUCGAACCGAUAACUCUACCGACGCCUCUAGCGAUGGCGCCACCAGCCAAGGCACAUCUCCAUCAAGUGGUUCUGUAACUCCUCCGUCUCUCGCACACCAGUCCGACCCUGCUCUUGAUCUUCAAAUUAAGAAAACCAACACCUCGCAGCAAAACCAGGUGCAGAUGCCUCAACCAACACGGCCAAUGAUGUCUCCUGGGAGCAACACCAGCAGGCACAGCGUGUCAGGCAUGUCUGGCCUUGGAGCUCCACCUAGCAGUAGUCGAGGCAGUGUGCCCUUGUCUCAAUAUGCCCCGCGGAUACAUAAUGUCUCGGAACACUCAUGGGUGUAUCAAAAAGUGCUUUUGCUGCAUGGCACCAUUGGUGAGCCUGGACAGUACUCGAUCGAUGGUAAUGUGGUUAUUAGUCGAUACGAUGACAGCUUUCCUGCCAUUAGCUGGCCAGUAUGCGAAUCUCACUUCAAGGCUCUGGUAUACUUGCAACCCGGACCAAACAAGUUUCGACUCGACUUCUCCAGCCCUAAACUUGCCAAUAGCUCGUCGUCUAAUCCUAUUCAUGCCUCGUAUUUAACCCUCCACAUGAUACCCCCAAUGAACGCUCCGCCACUACAGCUUGCGAUUAUUGUCUCAAAGGAUUCGCCGCAAACAUAUGAUGCAACGCCAGCUCGGGCAGAAAAAGAGGGUAAUGGGUUGGAAACGGCUGUACGAAAGUUUCGGAUGGCGGCGUAUCUUUGGCAGGCGUUUACCGCGGAGCAAAUGAGGAGGCACAAACUAGGGCGUCGAGUAUUCCGGUACGAAGAGGAAUGGACUUUGGGGACCUCCAAUUAUCGUGAUAGAGAAAACGGGACCAUGCGAUCUGAGGCUCGGAUUCACAUUAUUCGUUCGAAUAAAACUGUGGCGGAGAUUCUCGACUUGAACAGAGCCCAGCAGUUCGAAAAAGCGACUGACAAGAACGCCUUGUUUGGCGUGGCUGCUGACGCCGUUAAAGAAUACUUUAAGCCCCUUCCAGGUCAAAAGAACUACGUUUCAGUGCUUUUCCUCGAUGCGCAUUGGGAUGCCCAGGAGAAAGUCAUUCGAGGCCACGCUGCUCUGGGCGGUAAUGCGGGAGACUUGCAGCUUGCAAUUUUUGGCUCACACUGUCUGCAGAGUUACCCUUCCAGCUUCGAAGAAGUGGUGCCCGCUUUUACAGAUUGCACUCCUACAGAUACGAGAUACGUCGCGAAUGAUUGCAAUGAGGCGGGAAGCUCUUGGGAGGCGGUGAACAUUGGUGUUGGCGCUCACUUGCAUGAGACUGGGCAUUUGUUUGGCUGUCCACACCAGGAGUCCGGUAUCAUGCUGAGAGAUUAUGUUGUCUUGAACCGCUCGUUCGUCCCACGAGAGGCGUUCUCUACCAGGACGAAGUCAAAGGGCGGAUUGGUGCAGCAAGCGGACGAGUGUGGGUGGCACCGCCUCGAUUGUUUGCGAUUCCGAGCUCAUCCAGCCUUCAGACUUCCCAAUGAUGCUCCCUUGAAUUCGGACGACAGUGUCCAAGCUUUCGCAAUCGAAGGGGGAACUGUUCUGGCAAUGGCGGCGACGGGUAUUUCUUUUGUGGAGAUCCUAGGUGAGGGAGACGAUGUUUGCCAUGCAUGGCUUGAAUAUACAACGGAAAACGGGCCGGUACAACGGCAACUUGCCCUGGGUGAGCAAGAUUUGCGGGCUCGCUUGCCCGAAGCCAAGCGGAAGGGGCGCAUAUCAAUAUCGAUCAAGUCUCACGGAGGAGGUUCUCUUACUAUUACUGAUUUCAAGGAGUUCACCUCGAAAAGUUCUCUGGUGAAAUUGGGAAAUGGCAGGACUGCUUCUCGAAGCCAGAAGCUGGGCGAAUCCAAAAUGGAAGGCAGUGAAGCACAAGAGUUCGUCUUUACUAGUGCAACCCAACAAGAUAGAGUCAUGUCUCGAGUAACUGUUUACCACGGGUCGGCACUGAAUGGCCUGGAAUUUGUAUACGAUGACAAUACCUCACAACUAUUUGGCAAUAGGGGUGGAAAGGAGAGAGGCGACACGUUUGAAUUUGGUAAGAUAAUGGUGCAGUGGCCCGAGGACUGUCAACUUGUUAACCUGGCGCAGAUAUUCGUCGUGGCGAGUACUUGA